UGCUGGAGAAAGCAACUCUACUUAAUGCCAACAUAUACGGCUCUGUCGAGACAUUUUUAACCAUUUCUUUUUGCGGCAUUCAUUCGUUUAUUCGUUCGUCGAACUUUCUGCUUGUGCCGUGCAGUUUGUCGUUUUCGUUUUUUGCUUUCGCAGUCGUCGUCAUUAUUAGUUCUAAAACUGUGAAAAAUUCCAAGUGACUGAUGUAAAAGUGAAAAAAUAUGGCGAGUCUUGUGGGCGAACAGCAAAUUUCAUCAAAUAAUCAAGAAGCUGAACCAGUUCAGAAAAUCGAGAGCCGUGAAGGCAGUGUUGAACGUAAAGCUAAUUUCGCACUUAACCUGUACGCUGUGUGUCCCUCCAAUAUAAUGGAUUGUGCAAAUACUAAUACAACCACUUUACACUGGUUUGCACAAGUGGGUGGCGAUGAUUCCGAGGCGCAAGUGUGUAAAGACCGUGACGAGAAGCUAAAGUUGGCACGGGAGCGUCAAAAUGAAGAAAGACAAAGGAAAAUCGAAGAGUUGAAAGCACAAGCGGAAGCAGCGCAAAGAUAUCGUGAACAGAAAGAAGAGGAACGUCGCCGCCGCAUAGAGGAGAUACGACAACGCGACUCGGAGAAGCGACAUCAAGUUGAAGAACGUAAACGCGCUAUAACCGAGGCGGAAAAGGAGCGCCGCGAAUAUAUUUUGCGGAAGAAUCAGGAACGCGAAUCCCGCCUGGAAACAAAGAAAAGCUCCCGCAGUACAGUGGCCUUUGCUUUUGGCUCGUCAACACCACGCCUAUUGGAGCCAGAUUUUGGACUGGUCUCGCCAAGCACUUAUUUGGGUCAUCGACGAUCGACGUCGAUCACUAAUGUUACUGGUGCUUCAUUAUCACGUCGUAGUUCCGAACGUGAACUGACCGACAGUGGUGCCAAGAAGCGUGCAACAUCGGCCGGUGGCACAGAUCGGCAUGAAGAUCAUCGCCGUAAGUCAUCAUCCAUGUAUGAAGUUUUCAAUUGGGGAUACUCGAACGAUGAGCCACCCAAACGUUUUUCCCUAUCAAUUGUGGGCAGUGAAAUCAAUAUUGAUGAUCCUCCAACUGCAACAGUAGCGUCUGCAACUGCAGGCAAUACACGCACUUAUGCUGCGCAUCAUCAUCAUCAUCAAUACCACCACCACCACCACCACCACACACAGCAACAUCAGCAAAGCAGCAACAACUAUGGUAGUAAUAAUAUAAAUGUGCAUAGACAAAAUGUUGUAACAGAAAAUGCAAGAAUCGCGUCAGCAGGAGGAGCAGCAGCAGCAGCAACAACAACAUGCAAUUCAGUUGGCAAUACCAAUAAAACGGCAACAGCAGCAGCAGCAACGACAUUUAAUUACUCUAACGAUAGUGUCGAUAGUCACGCAACACAAAUCGUGUUUAGAAGUGUAGCCCGCAGAAAAACCGAUUUGAUGCCGACAAUACCCAGCCCCAGGGACGGGCAUUAUGGUUCCAGAUCGUCACUGAGCCACACGCCACGCACCCCAGGCCGUGCCUUUUCCAUGAGUCGUCUGGAUCAAUUGGCUCAACCAAUUCGUCGCAAUGGUGAACAUAUACGCGCUAUACUCGAGCGUGAGCGUCGCGAACAAAUGGAACUACUGGACGAAACCGAAUCGUUGGGUGGUGGCCGUAGGCGCAGCAGUAAACCACGUCACGGCAGCGGUAGCAGCAGUGCAGGUGCUGGUGGCGGUGGCGGCGCCAUGUCGCGCAGCAUGACACAUCUGGCCGGCGGACGCGCCAAAUAUACGCUUAGCAGUGCAGGCGGUGGCGUCGGCGUCGGCGGCGGUAGUUUUCGUCCACUUAGCGGUGGCCAACGUGAUACCACCUGUAAGAGUUUGACACAGUUAAAUAAUUCGUGGUCGAGCGCAACACCACGCUCGAAUUUGGGCUUACAAACGGCUGCUACUAGAAAGUAUCUGCAAUCAUCAUUAGCUUCAUCACCAUCAGCGAUUGGGACUAAACGCAGCGAGCAGCUACUAAAUCAUCUUACUAACCCCUACCGUUUUGAUCCAAACUCAUUAUUGAUCAUGAAUUCUAGUUUCUCAAUAACAACAGGUUCACGUUCUGGAAAUGUCACCCCAGGCGGCAACAUCAGCACUUCAAGACCGGGUAGUGCAAUGUCCACAUCCACAAAUAUGUCCACAUCUGGCUACGUGGCUAGGAGAUCUGUACCAGCUACACGUAAGCAACGACCAGCUAGUAUUGCCGGUACUGGCAUGUCGCUGGAGGACCUUAAUAAACACAAAAAAGAUAAUAGGCCGCCAGUGAAGGGUUCACCUUCAUCUACGACAGCAUCAGCACAAAAUACCCCCAAACGAACAUCAAAUUUGAUGUCGACCUCAAUGAUUGUAACAUCUUCUUCACGUCUGUCCAGCGCAGAGAAGAAGACACCAGCUAAGCGAGACUCAGUUACGCCCAAAUCCUCCACACCAAAAUCACUCUCAAAGACAUCCAGUUCGGAUCGUUUGAAUAGAUCUAGCAAAGAUAUUAUGAGUAAAUCAUUAAUCUCACCCUCUCCGAGCCAGACCCUUGUAAAGAGUGAAAAAGACAAAGUGACUGCAAUUGAACAAAAGAAAGAGGUCCCACCUCCGCCGCCCGUGCAAAGCAAAGAAGAAAAGAACUCUUUGAAUAUUGCUAAAUCAGAGGCUGAGUAUACAGCCGAUAAGACUAUCGCAGCAACUGAAGCGACAGUAGUGGCUCCAGACGCAGUUGGGCCAUUAACUACAGAUAAUGUGGAAACAGUGGCGCCUAUAGUAAAGGCAAAUGAAACAAAAGCGGAACAAUUGGUAGACACUGCCCCAAUUGAGUCCAAACAAAUAGAUGCAACCACUGUUUUAGCAGCCGUUGAGCAACAACAGGUGUUACCAGCACAGCCCCAACCGCAACCACGUUCUCAAAAUGGUAGCAAAGAAAAUUCAGAAGUGCGUGAACUGACGCCACCAGCACAAAAUGGUGACAAUACUGAUCUGAUGAGCGCUUCGAUGAUCGCUAAAAAUAAGAUUACAACUGAAGAGGAGGCAAAAGCCGCAUUGGCUGAACGGCGUCGUUUGGCCCGUGAAGAAGCUGAACGACAGGCCGAGUUGGAACGCCAACGCUUGGAGGCCGAACGUCUUGCCGAACUGAAGCGUCAAGAGGAGGAGGCGGAACGACAACGCGCUUUCGAGGAGGAGGCAAAUCAUUUAGCUGAAGAACAACGUCGUGCAGAGGAAGAGCGCUUGCGCCAAGCUAUUGAAGAGGCAAAGCAAAAGGAAGAAGAAGAACGUCGCAGACGUGAAGAAGAAGAGAAGCAACGCGUACAACGCGAGGAGGCCGAACGCAAGGCCAAGGAAGAGGCAGAGAAACAACGACUUGAGGUUGCCGAACGUCUUAAACGAGAGGAGAAGGAACGCGAAGAACGACGCAAACGCGUUGAGGCGAUCAUGUCGCGCACACGUAAAGGCGCCGGUGGUAGUGGUAGCGCGACAACUCCCAAUUCCACGCCAGUAAAAGAAAGCACAACACCCAAAUCGACAGCUGAUAAUUUGCAACAGGAAACCCAACAAGACCAAUCCUAUACAUCAAACGCUGUGACCAAUGCUGUGGUCAGCGGCAGCACUGAUAGCAGUUCAACCUCCGGCUCCACUACAACUGCGACCACACCGAAUCCGCCACCACAAAAUAAUGCGGCUGCAGUACCAACAGCGGUUGUAACUGUGGUGUCUACAAAUGUACCAGCUGCACUAAAGGAAAAUAUAAACGAGCCACAAAAUACGCAGGCUAUGUACGAGCAAGCGGUGAUUGACAAAGAAGCUGCACUUAUAAACAGUUUCUCCAAUAUGUUGAUUGAUGAGAAUGCUAAAAAUCUUCAUCAACAACAGCAACACCAACACCAACAUUUCCAGCAACCUACGCAAAUUCUCGAGGUGAGCAACGGAAAAUUGCCGAUUAACAGUGAUGUGCUAUUGCAAAAUACCACCACAACAACAACAACAAUAAAUACGACUGCCGUCGCAAACGGCAAUGGCCAUCACAUCGAAAAUUUAAAUAAUAAAAAUGAUAUCAAUAACCUGCAGGAUGCCGUAACACCAGCCGCAAAUCAGUUGAUUGAUUUAAGCAUUGAGUCACAAGAUAUCAACAAUGCAGUAAACUUUAACAACAACAACAGUUUGUUAAAUACAACAACAAAUGCAACACUAGUCACUGCAGAUAGUCACGAAAACAAAGAUAUUUCCUUGCUGUGAGUCUGAGCGUGCUAGUAGCCUGCAAAUAUUGGACGCGCAAACUAGAAAAACUGCAACAAAUAAAAUAGAAAUGCUGUAUAACUAUGAGAAUUAGGAGAUAACAUUUUUGGAUUGUGGCGCGGUGGCAUUAAGUGGAGAUUUUUUGUGUGCGUGUGCGACAAUUUAUGGUUACUUGACAUUUAAGACGUAAUUAUUGCGAGUUUAACUAAUUUAAAAUUAUAUAUCCAUUAUACACAUACAUAUAGAUGAAACAAAGAAAAAAGCUAAAGCGAAAUGCAUAUUAAGAUAAUACAAUUAGCAAAAAACACUGCUUAGGCUCAUUUAAAAAAAUUAAAAUAAAACCUUUAAGUAGGAUAUAAUUUCAAAUUCAAUAAAAAUACUAAAGAAAGGGAAAGGCAAAAAAAAACACUACGGCAAUUGUUCCUCCCGAAACAAAAAUACAUAGAAACUAUGAAUAGGUAGAGAGUGAAACAUUAAUAAAUAAUUGCUUGAAAAACAUAUUGCGUAUGCAAAACUCUUAAACAUAUUAGCAAAAGGCUAGAAUUAGACAAAUGAGAGACAUGAGCGUUACUCAACGAUCAUAAGGCACUGAAAAGGGGAAAUUUUGUCAUAUAUUAAGAAAAAGCUCUGCAUAAAACUUAAUUAUUGCAAAUAUUGAUGAAAGGCAUACUUUAUGUGAAGAGUUAAGCAGAAAAAUCAAAAUAUUAUUUAAAAAUGGCUAAUAAAAACAAAAAAUACUUGACUAUAAACUAUACAUUUUUCAUAAAGUAACAAAUUCCAUUUUGUGCUAACUCAAGCCACGCAAAUACAGCCUGUUAGCAUGCCUACAUAUACCAUAUAAUGGAAAAUACAUUAAGAAACAUUUAGCAAGAGUCAGCUAAGCAAAAUACAUAUAUUAUGUUAGAGUGUGCCGACAUAAAAUAAAUGUUGAAAGCUGUAUAAACUAGUAUAUACGCAAUAUAUUUGGAUAUAUUUUACCAAAUGAUUUCAUACAAACAUAUAUGCCUAUUAUUUGUGCACCUGCCGUUAAUGUAUAUUGCACAAAACUCAUACAAACUCUUAAUCAUAUGUAUGUAUGUAUAGCGAACGAGAAAUGUGUUUUAGAACAAAGUUCAAGAGCUUACCGCUUUUACUGCUCGCAAUAUCAUAACAUUUAUGCAAAUUUGUUGAAAUGGUUCUACCAAGGAGCACGCAUAUAUUCUUCACAUGGGUCGAGUAAAUUAUGUAUACGCCUUUUACGACCUGUUUAGUACUUUUUUUUUUUUUAAGACGUUUUUAUAUAUCAUGCGCUGGUACUGUUGUCGCGAUAAUGAUGUAUUUUGUUGCAAUUCAUUGUAAAAUGUGCUAAUAAUUGUUAUAUUUAAUUAAAAUGAUAACGAUUUAAUCCUUAAACCAAUGCAUUAAAUUAUGCAAACAUGUAACAAUAUACAAUUUCAGCAUAUAUAUACACGCAUAAAUGGAAAAAUGAAAAUGAGAAGUUGCUAACAAAUAAUGCACUUUUCAGACUCCAAAAUUUCUAUAAAAAUAGCUUUUGUCUAAAAUAUUCGAUAAAAAAAAGUUUCUUCUCUUACUAUAAUGUCAGAUCUUCGUUGUUUAUCUUUGAUUUUCUUCUUUUUGUUCAUUCAAGUUUUCUUGAAAGGCGUUGCGUCUAAAAUAAAUUUUUUCUGCAGAAAUUAGCAAUUCUACCUAACUUCUCCAAUAAUACGAGCAUAAUUCAAAAAGUAGUAGUUUUUUAUUAAUAGUUUAGUAUAUAGAAUCAGCUAAAUCGCUCUAUACACAGGCACUGGGCAGUUAGGAAAUUUAUGAAGCCAGUUCGGGCAGCCAGUUGAAUCAGAAUGCAAAAUGUUGGUGACUAGACAAAAAAGCUAACUAAAUAACAGUGACACUUCACUGCGCUGCACUCCAAGCUAUUUAAUGCAUGAAAUGAAAGCGAAGCAAAUAAAAUGUAUAUCAGCAAUUUUGUGUGCGAGUUUAUAGAUUAUAUAUAUAUAUAUACAAAUAUUUAUGUGUAGUUAAUGUAUUUUCCAAUUUUCGAUGCAUAUUUUUUUUUUUUUUUUAAUUUUUAUGUUAUCUAAAUUUAAAUUUACAUUUAUAUAUGCAUAUAUUUGCAAAGUUUAUACUUAAAAAAAAAAGAUAAAAGAAAAAAAUCCAAACAAAACGUUUUAAUUUGUUAAUAUAACUUAUUUAUAUAAAUAUGUAUACACAUUGUAAUAGCUGAUACAACAUUAAAAUAUAAUUUUUUCAUAUAAACCGUAUCUUAAGUUUAUUUGGAAGAAAGUAUGGACUGAAUGUAAAGGUGUUGGUUGCAGCAAAUUUAUAAAAAUCAAAUUAUAUCACAAUUACACGCUUAAAACAUAUGCGCAUUUUAUGUGCGUUCAAUUUGUUAAGACAAAAUUCUAUAUCGGUGAGCUCAUAUAUAUUUAAUAUUUUAGUUUUGGGCUACAAUAUGAUUACCAAAUCAACGUUGUAGACGUUUUCAAAAACCGUUACAACAAUUAAAUACUUGUAUAUUGGGUCGUGUGUGCUUCGCUAAGCGUUUGGCGCAAUAGUCUUUCUAUUCAAAAUAGAGUGGCAAGUCAGUUCACUACUGGUUAGUCAAAUAUCAGGCAUGUCUUAUAUGCAUGAAAUCAAUUUUUUUACCCUUACCAAGCGUCGUGUUGAAUUAAUGCAAAGUGAGAAAAUGAUAUUUAUCCAAGUAAAAUUUUUAAAAAUAAAUCGAAUUAACACCGCUAAAACAAUUUUUAAUUUUUUUUAUUUUUACACAAAGGCUGUGUUUAAUUCAAAACGAUUUCGAAAUGAAUAUAAAGUUUCAAUUAUACGCCUGCGAUGCGCUGGACUUUCACAGUUCUGCUGCCGCAAAUAAAAAACAUCAUUACAAUUUAUUUGCUUUAACAAAUUCUGUAAAAAUAUAAACCACUUAUUGCCUUGAGCCUGUAAUUUAUUUGCAGAAAUUCAACUAAUUUUGACAGCUUAUUACUUUUUGACGCUUCACUAAGUUAACACCUCUUAUUAACAAAACCAUGUAAACCAAUUAAUGGCGGAUCACUGCAAAAUUUUUCAUUCCAAAUGAAAGCAUGUGAACAAAAGUCUGCAGUAUAACCUAAAGUUAUUAUAACAAAUUUAAAUUGGAGCAAUUUACGCAAAAAACAUGAAUGCAAAUGCAUAUAACUCUGGAUGUGACAUUUAGACAGGCAUGCGAACCUAGAAAUUUACGAAUUAAUGAGUGCGUUUAAAGUGUUGGUCCUUUUGUUUGUCCAUUGAUUUGUUAAUUUAAAGCAUACUUAUUUUGAAGCAAACUAUAAUGUAACCAAUACAUCUGUUAUUGUAAUUAAAUAAAAACACACAUACAUACAUCUACCAAAAACGCCUAAAUUUCCGCUUCAUAAUGAACUCAUCGAUUAACUACCACGUUUAAGCAGCAUAAUAUGUAACUAAAAAAAUUUAAAAAUACAAUAAAAGAGUAUUACCAUAAAUACAUACAUACAUACAUACAUAUGUAAUGCAUGCAUACAUACAUCAAUGUAACUAAACUUAUUUCAACUGUAACUCCCAAUUUAAUAAGAAAAAGUCUAUCUAUCGUUAUCGUUAAAUUUAAAAUAAUUAUUAAUAAUAUUUAAAUUUAUUAACUUAAUAAAAAAACAAACUAAAUCGAUGUAACUAUUUAGUACGACGUCUGAUAAAAAAAAUACAUGCAAAAGCUAUUAACUACAGACGAAGCGAAGCCGAAAAUGCUAUGUGAAAUUCAUGUGAAUUAAAGUCGAACGGAAAAAUAUAUAAAUAAAAGACAAGGAGAAGAAAAAAAUAAA